GCUAAAAACAGCCGAGCCCUUGUCUACCUUCCGACUCCUUGGACCUUAUCUAGUUAAAUCUGUUUCAAUUUGUGCCCAUUAUCUCUAUUUAGCGCAAAAUUAUCUAUCUUUGCAUACUAUCUAUCUCUAUUUAACCAUUCAGAUACUCAUUCAAAGAAACGACAAUUCUUUCUUGAGAAAAUGUCCAAGACUUCUGCGUUGUGCUGCUUCAUCAUCCUAGCUGCAUUUGGGUUCGUCAAUGGCUCUACAAACAAUCACGAGAUUGGUUUUUAUGAACUAAAGAAGGGUGAUAUCUCCUUAAAUCUCACAAACUGGGGCGCAAGCAUUGUCUCCCUUCAUCUGCCUGACAAAAAUGGAAAGCUGGCUGAUGUUGUUCUUGGCUAUGAUUCACUCGAGGAGUACAAGACGGAUUCCUCUUACAUUGGUGCUAUUGUUGGCCGGGUUGCUAACAGAAUUGGAAGUGCUCAGUUUACUCUGAAUGGUACCCAUUAUAAACUAGUUGCAAAUGAAGGGAAGAACAUGCUUCAUGGUGGCUCGAGAGGAUUUAGUGAUGUUGUUUGGAAGGUGAAAAGGCAUAAGUGCGAUGGUCAGGCUCCUCACAUUAUUUUCACCUAUCACAGCGUUGAUGGUGAACAAGGAUUUCCUGGUGAUCUUGUUGUCACUGUCAGCUACACGCUCAUCGGUAACAACCAGUUGAGUGUAAUAAUGAAAGCCAGAGCUCUAAACAAGCCUACUCCAGUGAAUCUGGCCCAGCACGCGUACUGGAACUUGGGUGGCCAUAACAGCGGCGAUAUCCUUUCCAACGAGGUCCAUAUCUUUGGAUCUCACAUCACAAGUGUUGAUAGUCAUCUUAUUCCCACUGGAAAAAUUGCACCCGUCAAGGGAACACCCUAUGAUUUCCUUGAGCCCCACAUCAUCGGCAGCAAGAUAAAAGAUCUACCUUCUGGUUAUGAUAUCAACUAUGUGCUUGAUGGUGUUCCUGGCCACGAGAUGAAGCGGGCAGCAAAGGUACACGAGAAGAAGUCAGGAAGGGUGUUGGAGUUGUUCACAAAUGCUCCAGGUUUGCAGUUCUAUACAGGUAACUUUCUGAAGGAUGUGAAGGGAAAAGGUGGAUACGUAUACCAACAACAUGGAGCACUGUGUUUGGAGACCCAAGCAUUCCCUGACUCAGUCAACCACCCCAAUUUCCCUUCUACGAUUGUGAGUCCUGGCAAGACUUAUAGGCAUUACAUGCUCUUCAAGUUUUCGACAAAUCCCUCAUCUCAUUAGAUCACAUGGAUGAUCAGUUGAACCUUUAUAACGACAACCUGAGAUUUCCAUGUUUCCACGCUUGUAUACAUCAUGUUAACCUAUUUGCAAUGUGUGUUUUGGGUUCUCGGUUCAGCCAAAAAAAUGAAUAAUUGUCAAGUUCUACCUCUUUCCCUCACAAUAAUUGUAUCCAACUCUUCCAAAGCUUCAAAGAAAUUGUUCGAUCUAGACACUGUUUAUUGUGCAUGCUUCAAUGUACACCAGCUUGCGGCCAUAUAUAUCAAUAUCAAUAUCAUGGUGGGUUAGCCGUUA